GGUUUGACGCUUAAUGUUAUUUUUUAUCUGCUGAAAAUCUCAACUAACACUUUUUUCUGUUGUAAACCAAGUUGAGCUUCUUUUGGAAUUGGUGGCUCUAGUUAUUGAGUGUUUUUAUUGUUCAACAUACUGUGGUAUUGUUUAUAAUCAAUGUAACGACUUUGUUCCUAAACAAGGAAGAAGCUAAAGUUUGUCCUGUAGAAAUUUUAAUUCAUUUUUAUGUGUGAUGAAGAUUUUGUGGUAUGCUGCUUCAAGUUUAUAGAAGUAAAUAGAUACAAUGAUUGAUCCGAACAAAUGGUGCACUAAAAGUAAAAAUGAAUAGUUUAUUUCUACAAAUAUCAUCACUUUCAAUCUUUUUUGGACAUUGUGAUGCUGUACCCGUCCCCAGUAGGCAUUUUGGUGAAAGGAACGCCGCCUUACUCGGAGUAUUAACAUGCAUUGGAAUCGGAGCUGUUUUCGGAAUGUGUGUGUUUUGUAAAAAGAAAAAAGGACACUUCAAGAAAUUUGAAAACGAUGGCAACAUAGAGGAAGUUAAAAAUAGCGAAUAUCCUGUUCUGAAUUCUCUAAGCAUAGCAGAUGUAAAAAAAACUGGUGUUAUUAUCCCAAGCAGUCCGACUAAUCUAUCAACUGAUAACUUAUUAGAUCAGGCAGCUCAAUAUCAAAAUGAAUCUGUGUCAUCGCACGAACUCGAUGGGAUUGAGAAUUAUAAUCUUUUACAAUACCGAAGUCAAAUUCUUACAACUGCUAAAGACGCUCACUAUGUUGGAAAAUGUAUCGUGCAAAACGAUAAUAUUCAGUUACCACCAGAACGAGAUGACGAAGAAUGUAAUUCGAAUAUGUUAUUGUCAAGCAAAGAAUCGUUGAGCUCGUUAUCUCCAUUUCCUGGAACAUCUAUUGACUAUUCAAAUGGGCAAGAGGUAGUCUCCUUGGUAAACUCGAAUGAUUUUGACGAUGAUAAAUUAUUAAUCGAUCAUCAUUCCAACGGUGCUGAACCUGAUAUCGAGGAAGUAGAUAACUAUUGCCAAUUAGACAUUGAAAUACAAAAUCCCGUACAAUUAGAUGAUGUCAAAAUUAGCGUAGAAAAGAAAGGAAGCUUCUGUGAAAAAAUCAUUUCUAAGAGUGCUACAACUAAUAAGUAUUGUGCCGCUGAGGAUGUAACCCCAAUGGAUAGCUUAGAAGAUAACUUCUCAGUUCAUGAGACUAAUAGUAUUGAGGAGGCUCUGCGAGCACUGGACUUUGCCAUUGAUGGAGAGGAUGAAAGCAGUUAUAGUGAUGAUGAACCGAAUCGUUAUCCAGGCUGUGACGGUGGGAAAUUUGAUAAUCGAGGUGAUGUAUAUCCUGGGGAAUUUUACGAAAAUAAAAAUUCAUCUUCUGACAGUGGGAUGGAGGAAACUGAAAUAAGUGAAAAAAAUGCAAAAUCGGAUCCUGCAUUGCUUGAAACAGUACGCAAGGAGGCUUCUCAGCUAGUCGACGAAGUACUCUUUCUAUGUCAAAGACGAAUUGAAGCAAUUCUAGAAUGCGAGAAGCGCGUGCAGAUGGAAAAUAAAGUCACUAUAGACGAAUUUGAUGAUUUCAAUAGUGGUUCACAACUAGAGUGUAGCACACCUUUCGUAUCCAGGAAAAUUUUGGAAUAUGACUCAAAACCAGAGGUUAGACAUAAUCUUUUCUAUGGCGAAAAUAAUAAAACGUUUGUAAUGAGUGAUAAUGUGAUUCAAACAAAAGAAAGCAGAGACAAUUCUAAAUGUUUUUCCAAAACGAAUGUCACAUAUCUGGCAGAUCCGGCCGAGGUCGACGAUGAUCUUGAACAAAUAUACCCUAUACAUGAUAUAGUGACACCUUCCUCAGCAAACCUAACUCAUACAUUAGCUAAUUCAUCCGAAACAUUCAUAAAAGAUCAAGAUGACUCAUUACCUGAAAUAAUGGUACACGGCAUGUUAGACGAUGUUUUGUCCGAUAAGCCUACUGCAACACCUAUGAAUACUCCUAUCGAGCUGGGCUGUCCAACAACAGCUGAUUGGGAUCGAUGGCUCUCGGCUACAGCAUCUGUAGCUUUUGUUCCCAGAGAUUUACAUGCGGAGAAUGAUUACUUUUCUAAUCAUACGUACGACGAGGGUUGGUUCUUGCAUACUAGACCUAGUUGUACCAGCGCACACAAUGAAACAUAUGAUUUAGAAGAUAAUGAUAACCUUGAUUCUACGUACGAUAUGUUAAGGAAACAAUUAGCUGAAAUGUUACCACAUGCACAGGGUGCCAAAGAAAAUACUGAGUAUCAAGAAGAAAGUGACACCAGUCCUGAUCAUUUCGGAAUUCAAUAUGGUGAUUUGGAUGAAGCAACUAAUGAACCUUCAGGAUCUGCCGCCAAAGAUAACGAGAUCAUAAUCAACUACAAGAGAACUCUUUCUCCAAUAAUGGAGGAGAGCGAAGAUGAAUCGUUUUACAACAGAACUUCAUGUUACAAGGAGACAUCCAACUAUGUCGAAAGCACGAGCACUAGCUGCAUGGAAUCUUUCACAGCAAUGGGAUUGAAUAAGACCUUGAUGGCAUCAAAUGAUACUUUAUUCAAUUUUGAAGAUGUGCUAGACGAAAUUCUUUCACCCCGAGUACCAUCACAAUCUCAUACACCAACUAAUCGAGAUAGAGAAUAUUCAGAUUAUUUCGUACGCUCUCCCCGCCAUGAAACACCUUUUGAGUUGAUAAGCACAGUGGAUUUAUAUGAUACUCCAAGAACACUAGAUUUAGCUACACAGCGCGUUCGAGACUUUUCACUUAGUUCACCUGGCGAUCCAACCAGGGUCGAUUUCUCUCAAGAUUCCUCUUUUACACUUGAAGAAAAAACCUGUAUUUCGAUCAGAAGACCCAAUGAAGAUGACGAGAGAAUUUCGGAAAUAUCUGAACCAUGUUUAGUAUCUUCGACUUCAUACUGUAAUAAGCAAGAAGACAACAAUAGCCUUAUGGAUGAAGAAAUAGUUUCUUUGGAGGAAGAUUCAUUCAACGAAAUUCUUAACAAGGAAAAACCGAUAGAAAGCGAGCAGUAUGAUCAUGUUUUAGGAUUACAAUAUUCUACUGAAACUAUGCUGAAUAUGCAACCACCAGAGCCAGAUGAGAAUUUUGAUCCGGCAUCUAAUUUAUCAAAUCCUGAACAUGAUGCGGUAUACUUGCAUAAUAAAUUGAAUAUGGAAAACACCUACAACAAUCGCAACUUAGAGGAACAAGUUGUAAUUGAAUCUAUUGAUCGGUUCUUGCUUAAGUCCAGGAACAUUAGUUUGCCAGAAGAUAAAAGUACAAAUCCCUUGGUUAAUGGCCAUUUAAAUAAUGGUAAGGUAUCCUGUAGAUCUGAUGGUAAUACAAUUUGUAUAAAUUAUGAAAAAUAAAAGUGAGCGAUAGAUUCAGCAAUGUUGUUAAAAAUAAGAAAAGGAAAAUAAAACUGAAUAAAUCUGUUAGAUAUUUAUUAACAGUCGAUAUGUAAAAAUACAUGCUUGUUCUGGUAUACAAAUUCUAAUAGCAAUAGUGUUCCAUAUUCUUCCAUAACUGAAACCCAUAAAGUUGGCUUAAGUAAUCACGUAAAUUUUAUUGGAAACCAAUAAGAUGCAAACAACAAUUGAAUGUUUGUUUAGAUUGACGUGAAACUAGUUUUGGCAUACGCUGCCGUUCUAUUUCUCAAUAUUUGAAGCACGAGUAAAACUAUUCUGGGGCUGCCAGUUUUUCUUGUUAUAAAUUGGGCCAACACCCAACAUCUCGUCCAACGAUUUUUAAGGGUUUGACAGCAGUUUUAAAUCAAUUAGGAAUCAUCAGAGCUUUCUUAGUUAUCAAUAACAGCACAAUGAGAGCUUAUUUUGAUAAAUAAGGAUAAUUUGAAUGCUUAGUUGGAUUUUUAUUAGGUUUAAGAAUAAGUAUUCAACACAAUUGCAAAAUUAAGGGCAAAGUCUAAAGAUAACAUCGGGAAAAAAAUUUAAAAGAAAUUUUGAAAAAAUCUUAGGAUUCUUCAUGUUUUUAAGUUUGCUAAUCAUUACUCUAAUUUCAUCAUAAUUUGUCUCAGUAAUGUCAUCUUGAGACAAUAUUUGGGUUGUAAUAGUGAUAUUGAUUUCAACAGGACUCAUAAAAUUGGAAAAGUUGUCGACUUUCAUCUCAUCCACCGUUGGCAGGGAGUAUUUCAGUUCCUUCUUUGAGAGCUGAAACUGGUUUCUGAGGACCGGUAUAGAAUCAUAGAAAUAUUUAGAAUAUGGAUUGAAUUGUUCAGUGAAUCUAUGUUUAAUUUUUCUUAAAGGUCCUUAACUAUUCCAUAGUAGCAUCUCAAGAACGUUGAUAUCAGCCUGUAAGCUUGGAGCGAAAUCAAUCUUCAGUUCAGCAACGCCAUCGAACGGCAUCACAUUCAACAUAUCAUGUCAAUUGUAUGGGUGGGCUGUGCUGCUAUUUUGGCUCGCACGAAUUUGACAUUUCUCUCCCCUACUUUUAUGUACGAGAUUCGAUGCGGACUCGCCUGAGUGCGCCAUGUUCGCAAAAAAGGAUGUUGCCAAUGAUUUGUUCGGAAAAUGUGAGAGCUGAAUAUUUUGUUAAUAUGAUGCCUUUGUUUUGGUGUAGGUGAAGGAGAAUUGAAUUUAGUUUGAGCUUUUGGAACUGAAGCAUCCUAACUUCAAUAAUGUAAUGAUUUAAAUUAUAUAUGGCAGUAUCGAUAUUUCCCAAAACUUUUUUAGGGUUUACAUUAUAUGAGAUCUGUAUCCUAGCCGGUUAAGGCGGCUUUCGAUAUGAGAUUUGUAUCCUAGGCGAUUAGUUCUAAGGUGGUAGAAUAUAUAACUAAUUGAAAAAAUCAUAGCUUAAUUUGUUAUCCUGAAUGUUAUUGGUAAGUCUUCUAAAUCAAAGUCAGUUCACUGUAAAUGCUUCGAAGCGCGAAGCGUACGCGGUACUUAUUUUGGAAAAAUGCUGAGAUCGAAUUGUAAACAGUAGUCAGCUGAUUUAUUUUCGCAUUGUAUGAAGGACACUACUGCCCUCUGUGUUGAAAAAAACUCACACCAUUCCACUUUACCGAUCGCGAGUAAUCGUGACCACGCUCUUAUGUAACAUACUGUAUGAUAAAAUUUUCAGUAGUAUGAAACAUCCACAUAUAACUCAAAAUUGAAGUUUUCUAAAACUUUUGGUAUGAACCGCAUGAAUUGAACGAAUCAUAUUAAUGUCAUAAUAAUUCCCAACUAAAAUUAGGAAAUCCUACACUGAGAAAAAAGUUAUAGUAAUCGUAACCGGUUUUUCAUGGUCAAUUCAACUAUACGCUUAAAUAGUAGCAACGACCAUGAUAUUAGAAUGUUCACCAUCUAUAUUGUAUAAAGUAAUAGAUAACAAAGUCAACAACUUGACUAGACAAUUUGUAUUUAUGACUUUUAUGGCGUGGUCAAUAUGACAAUGGUUGUCAUCUUUAAAAAAUGAACAAAUAGUUAAAAUGACAAUCAGAAGCGAGGCUAAAUUGUUUUUGAACACAAUAAUUUCGAGAAGCAAAAUAGUUAUUGCUACCAUAUAAGCAUGUUCUUUGGAACAAUAUAAGAAUGUUAAUGAGAUUUAAUAUAAAGUUGGCUAGACGAGUGUGAAGUAUGAAAGCACUUUUCAU